GGACCAGGGUAAUUAGGUAAUUUGCAGCGCUGAACCGUUUGAAAUCACGUGUUCCAAAAUAACAGAAUGCGCGAAACCCUAAAAUUGAAAUCUCUCUCCUCCAGCAGCAACUUCUCUCUCCUACAACAGCUUCUCUCUUCUCCAACAGCUUCUCUCUCUUCGAGCUUCAACAAUGGAGGACGAUUUAAUCGAUUUGAAUAUCGAUUUAAAUCGCGCAAUAGAAGAAAAAUUGUAUAAUUAUGACGAAAACUUAGAGAAUCAUAGAGAAGUAUAUGAUGUUGAAGAUGAAGAUGAAGGCACAUCUCAGCAAGUUAUGGUUGCAAAUCAAUGUAUUGAAGAAGGUUCAAUAAUACAUUCAAUUGAUACAAACCACAACAUCUUUGAAAAUCCAAAUAAUGAGCAGGAAGAAAACAUUGAUAAAGAAUUAGAUGGCAGUUUAAUUGGAGAAGCAAGGAAAACAACCGAUGAGAUUUAUGAUCUAUAUUGCAAACAUGCUGCUAUUAUUGGUUUUAGUGUACGAAAAGGGAAGAAUAGAUAUAAAGAAGGAACCACAAUUGUUAAUGGAAAAUACUUCUACUGCUCUGCUGCUGGAAUAAGAGACCCUCCUAAAAACAAAGAACUCAAAAAUGAAGAUGAUCAAUCAGAUGCAAAAAAGAAAGAAAGGAGAAAGAGGGUUAUGAUAACAAGAACAAAAUGUGAAGCUCAAAUAUUUGCAAAGAAGAAUGAAAAUGGAGAUUUUGAAAUAGAAAAGCAUGUAGUGGUACAUAAUCACCCAUUGACAAGAGAAAUAAGUAAUUAUCUCCACCGAUCGGAACGACAAAUGACAGAACCUAAAAAAGAAGCUAUUGAGGCAAUGUCAGAAUGUGGUCUAAGACCAAUGGAGUCUUAUAGGUAUAUGUCAACAGAAACUGGCGGAGACGACUGUGUAGGUCAUACGAUGAUUGAUCAUCUAAACUACUGCUACAAGUUAAAAAUGAAGCAAAUUGAUGGCAAGGAUUCACAAACACUAGUGAACAAACUGUAUGACAUACAAUCAAUAGAUCCCGAGUUCUUUUUCAGAGUAAGACUCAAUGCUGAAGGAAAAGUUGAGUGCCUAUUUUGGAGGGAUUCUAUGAUGAGAGAAGAUUACAAAAUAUAUGGAGAUGUUCUAGUUUUUUAUACUACAUUCAGAACCAAUAAGUACAAUCUCAUAUGUGCUCCAUUUGUUGGUAUCAAUAACCAUUGGAAAAACACAAUGUUUGCUUGUGCUUUCAUUGGGGAUGAAACCACAGAAUCUUUCGUUUGGGUGUUUGAAACUUUUCUGAAGGCUAUGGGAGGAAAGCACCCUAUAUCAAUUUUCACUGAUCAAGAUGCAGCUAUUGCUGCUGGAAUAGAACAGGUUUUUCCUUCUUCAAGACACAGGUUAUGCUUGUGGCACUUGAGUAAAAAUGCAAACAGUAGGUUUGGUUUAUUGAAGUCUGAUAAAAACUUCAAAAACGCAUUCUACAAGUGUUUAAGUGGGUGUAUAACACCAAAUGAUUUUGAAGAAACUUGGAAAUCUAUGAUCAACACUUUUAAGCUGGAAAAAGAUGACUGGUUCAACAGAUUGUAUGGUCUUAAAGAAAAAUGGUGUACAGCUUUAAGUAAAGAUUUUUUUUCUGCCGGUAUACUUUCUUCACAAAGAAGUGAAAGUACAAACCAUGCUGUUGGUUUUAAAGCAAAUAAAAGUACAACAUUAACAGAGUUCUAUAGUAUUUUUCAAGCUAUAAUAAAUCGAUGGAGAAAAACCGAAGAAAAAGACGACUUUGACUGUACAAGGGGAAUACCAACUUCAGAGCUAAGUAUGAGUGCUAUAUUAAAACAGGCAGCAAAUGUAUACACGAUAACACUUUUUCGUGAUUUUGAAGAAGAGUUCAAGCUUUCUGUGGCAAGUAGUACAAUGUUCAAGGGAAGUGUAGGAAGAACAGUGUUUUUUGAAGUGUGGAUAGAAGGAAUAACAGGAUCAAGGCAAGAAGUUCAAUACAAAAUGGAAGAUUCAACCGUCACUUGCACAUGCAAAAACUUUGAAGAAUCUGGAUGGUUGUGCUUCCAUUGUUUAAGAAUAUUGCAUUUACAUUCAAUCAAUACAAUUCCAGAUCGUUACAUAACAACAAGAUGGACUAGAUAUGCAAAGAAACAGAUAUGGGAAAGGGUUGAUACAAUAAAAAGGGAGAAAGGUGAAAUCAACAAUUUUACUGGUUGGAGAUUACAUAUGAUCAGAAGAUACUAUAACUUAAUUUUGAAAGGGCAUAAGAUAGCAAAGGCCAGAAAAUUUAUCGAGGAGAAGUUUAAAAUGGAUAAUAAAGCAGUUGAUGAAAUCAUAAAAAAGGAAGAAGAAAGGAAGGCAAAAGAAGAAGCUGCAAAGAUAGCAGAACAAGAAAAGGCAAAAGCUGAAGCACAACGAGAAACACAAGACGGGGAAUCAACUAAUUCUGAAAUAACAAUUGUGCUUGAUCCUGAUCGUGCUAAUACUAAAGGAAAGAGUAAGAAGAGAAUAAAGGGUCAAUAUGACAAUUACAAGCAGCCAUCAAAGAAAGGAAAAAAGAAACACAAAGAAUUUGGAUCCAAGACACCCAAUAUUCAAUUAUUUACACCUAAAGAACAACUAUUUUAGUGAUGUUCUUGUUUUAUUAUCAUAUACAGUUACUUCAACAUUUUUAAACAAAUUUAUUGAGUGUUUAUACUAUAGUUCUCCUU